CGAAAACCUCGAAAGUAUCUUAUCGAUAAGAUUUGCAUCGCGAUCGCUCUCCGAUACCGGAGCCUGGCAUUUAAGGCAUUAAGGUAUACAAUCAAAACACUCGUAGGAACUCAAAUCAAAGUGCAUUUAAUACGAAGUAGCCAUGCUCUGAUCUUGUGGACCUCAAACUCGAGACGCGUGUUUUCUUGGUAUGGAUCUCUAUUACGGAGAAUUAUGGAGUCGGUGAUCUUUUCCUCGAAGUUUUGGCCUGCGGCCUGCAAUUACUUCAUUACUUCAUAUCCCUCUUCGCGACGAGCCACUUCCCCAGGACGAUCUUCCCGAUCUAGUGAUCUUCAUUAUUACGGAGUACUUAGCCUGCGAGAGACCCCUCACAUGGUCCGGCAAGUUGGCUUCAGGAGGUGUCUCUCAACUGAUCGGCUUGCGAGUUCCAAGUCUCGAUUCGAUCUUUCGUGUCGCUGUUCCUAGUCGUGAGAAUCUGAGCGAAUAAACCAGCCAAUACCUCCGUGAACCGUCGUUCAUCCUCAUCGUCCCGGCUGUUGUGUAUUGAUACUGGAAAGUUCGCCUCUGUCAGCCAAUGCGAUCUUGUAUUUUGAGGCUGCGCCACUGUAUGAAGGUGAGCCAGAUGUCUCAAACUUUGCUUCGUUUGGGCGUAGGCUGGUGAGUGGACACCCUGCUCGCCACGCUUCGUGCGAAUCAUUGCUUCGGCAUGCUCUGUAGUGUGUCCCGCAACAUAUUUGCAGGGUCUCUUAACGCAACAACUGCGAGGCUAUCUUUCCUCUGCAGUAGAG